AUGGCUUUAGCCACCCCCGCUGGUCCAGCUGCCCUUGCAAAUCCGUAUGAAACAAACUCUUCCCUAGUGGUAAAUCUGAUCCGAGGUCAUUGGGAGGAUACUCACCCUCUCCAUGGUUUACUUUCUGAGUACAGGAGUCUGUUAAAUGGGAAUUGGGAUUGCAGCCUUAAUCAUGUAUACAGAGAAUGUAAUUGUGCAGCUGAUAGGCUUGCCUAUUUGGGUCAUGGCUGGAAUCUGGGCUUGCAUGAGUUAGAGACCCCUCCUGAAGAUGUUUUGAUUAGUUUAGAAGAGGACAAGAUGGGCCUGGCUAGGCCAAGAAUGAUUGUUAGCUAG